AUGUCAGCAACCGAGAUGAAUAGAGUCGUCUCUGAUAAGCAAGACCGACCAGUCGAGCUUGAAACUGUCAGGCACCCCGACCCGACAGAGGAUAACGAUGACUUUGAAUGGACCCUCGACAUCUGGCUAAACCUGGCUGCCCUCUACCUCACCUACUUCUCAUGCGUCUGGGCUCAGUCCGUCCCGGGAACAAGUUUGGGAUUUAUCCAAAAAGCAUUCCCCGAGGAAUCCGGUACUGCACCGUGGAUCCCAGGCGUGGGGAGUCUGUGCCUCUGCGUGAUCAGCAGCUUCGUCGGCGAGCUCUCUGACAUCUUUGGCCGGCGAUACUUUCUCUUCUUCACCACAUGCUGUGGGGUCGCUGGAAUGUUGAUCUCUUCCCGCGCCGAGUCGGUGGGCGUCAUCAUCGGCGGCCAGACAAUCACCAGUAUCGGCUUCUCAGUCGGCUAUCUUACUACGCCAUUGGUCUCUGAGAUCGUUCCCAAGCGUUCACGAUCCCUCGUCGUCGCAGGAACGACCUUGCUUACUGGUCUUGUUUCGGUCGGCGGUGGAGUCGGCAUGGCCGGUGUUAUGAAGCACAAUGUUGGCGGCUACAAUGAGGGAUGGCGGGUGGGCUUUUACCUCGGGGCAAGCUUUUUUGCCCUCUCCUUUGCUCUUCUCUUCUCUUAUCACCCCAGCAAGCGCCCGAAUCCUGAGGGUCUCACAGUCCGAGCGCGGCUUCAAAAGUUUGACUGGGUUGGCAUCCUUCUUGCCACCGCGAGCCUGACCUUGCUACUGGCUGCGCUGCAGAUGGGAGGCCACACGUACCCCUGGAAUUCCGCUACUAUUAUCUCCUUGCUCGUCAUUGGAACAGUUGCCCUCGUCGCACUGGGCAUCUGGGAGGCAAUCGGCGCCACGCACCCCUUGAUCCCGCGCCAACUCUUCCAACACCGCAACUACGCCAUUGGCCUCACCAUCAACUUCAUCGAGGGCGUCGCCGCAUUCGGUGCUCUCAGCUUCCAGAGCCCCAUCGUGCUCAACCUCUUCGAGCCGGACUACCUCUUGUCAAGCUUGUACAUCCUGCCCUCCGCCGGCGGGACAAUUACUGGCGCUGUCGCGACUGCGCUCGUCGUGUACAAGACAAAGGAGGUCAAGUGGGUGGCCAUCGUAGGGUGCGCGCUGCUAGCGACCAGUGUCGGCGUUAUGGCUCUCCUGGAGCCGAACAUCAAUCUCGCGGCUUGGUUCGUGCCGACCACGAUCACAGGAGUCUGCAUCGGUGUUUUUGCCGUUCUGAACCCGGUCAUCGCGACCAUCUGCACCCCCAACGAGCUCGUCGCUACCUCGGUCAGCAUCGGAACCUCAAUGCGCGGGCUCGGCGGGGCCAUCGGCAUCGUCAUGAUCUCCACCAUCUUCCAGAACAAAAUCACCGCCAACCUCCCCGCAAUGGUAGGAGGCGCUAUAGUCCAAGCUGGUCUCCCCCCCGACCUCAUCCCCCACAUCCUGGGCGCGCUAUCGCAUGGUGACACAUCCUCCCUGUCGCUGAUCCCGGGCACCUCUCCGGAGAUAAUCCGCUCCAUCGUUGACGCGAACCAGCAGGCGUACGCAGACUCAUAUCGGGAUAUGUGGUACUCGUUGAUUCCAUUUUGUGUCUUGACGCUUGCGUCGGCUUGCUUUUUGACCUCAACCAAGGAUCAGCUUACCGGGGAAGUUACGACUGCUGUGGAGCAGCGGUUUAGUAAAGGGAAGGGACAACGUGAGGUGGAGGGUAAGGGUGAUUUGAGGUAG